GAAAUGUUUGAACGAACUCUGGUCCGUGUACUCCUCUUGGACAACUUAAUCUUGAGUGAAAUCUUCCUGCGCUGAACCUGCUUUUAAUAAAUUUCAACACUUAGCUUCUUGGUAGUAUCAAUAAAUUAUGUCUUCAUUAUAUGCAUUGCUCCGCCCGAUUAGAAUCAGCUCAUCGAACUUUCAAAAAUGUGUAAGAAGUCUUGGAACAACGUCAAAGUGCAACGUCGAAGUUCUACCAUUGUCAAAGAUUGAUAAAGAUGACUUGGGACACUCCAUUCUAAUCCACAAGGGAACAUUACCUCCCGGAUCACAAAAAACUCCUCAUGAUGUAGUCGCGAUGGGUGUGAAAGGAGCUAAAAUUCUGUCACUGUCUUCAUCUCUUGCCGGAGUAGUCAUGGUUCCCGUGCUAUCCUCCUAUUUGUGGGAAGCAGCUGCUGAAAGACCUUCGAUGAUGAUGUUUGCAAUUGUGGCCAACACCUUCCUCGUCCUGCUAUCUUUCACUCCGCUACUACUUCAUUUUCUUGCAAAACGAUUUCCCAUCGACAUAUUUUACAAUAAUGACAAAAAGGUGUUCACAACUGUUCAUUACAAUUUCUUAAUGCAAAAACAAGCAUUGAGAUUCUCAGCUUCUGAAGUUGUCGAUGCAGCCGUAGCUCCCGAAAUGAAGAAAGUAUGGAUCCCUCUGGCAACAGCUUUUGUGGGCAAGCGGCCGCUUCUCAUUUCCCUUGAUCGAAAUGCAUAUCUUGACAAAUUGGCAUUUGAUGACCUCACAAAAAAUGUUCACAUUCCACCAAAUCACGAUUGAGAAUUUUUAUUCCUUGUUGAUAGGUAGCUUUCUAUUCAGUUGUUUUUUAUCGUUAUUGUUCAAUAAUUGAAAGAUUUUCUUACAAUUUAUCAAUGAUUCGGGAAAUCUUUUCAGUAACCAUAUUUAGUUGUUGAGAUAAAUCUGUUCCGCUUUG